GAAAAAAGUCUCUGAUCUGUAGUAAAUGUAAUAAAAUCUAAAACUGUGAAGUGAAAACUGUGGAUCGCUGUGUCAGAUCCAGGCCAGCAGAAGGAGGAAUCCUAAACCUAACAGAAGUAACGGCGAGGAUUCUGUGUAUGUUUCUGAGGAAACUGCCCACUGAAAACAGACUGACAGCACAGUGGCUGGCUUCUGCUGUCAGUUCUGGGAGGCUCUGGUAUGGCUGUGAGGCUCAGGAACCCCUUCACUUAGCCUUCUGGAAACGAGGGUGAUGUGAGUAAGACGCUGGUUUUAAGGCUGGUUAACUUGGUAACCAGAAGGCGACCUGGCCUGGAGUCACUAAAAAGCCCCUAUGUGAGUUCUAAGUGAACCGCGAAACACAGAACAGUUAUCAAUCCCACAGGGCCUAGCCUCAGUGCCAGCCCCGGAAACCCCCAAAUAAUCUUUCCCGGAAGUGUUUGCACCCCGAUAUCCGGCCGUGGGGUCGCAGGAAGUGAAAGCGUCUGUCUGAGAGCGCUGGUGUCCAGUCGCCUGAGGGAGGAGUUCCAGACCGUGGCUGAAAUUAAGUCACAGAGCUCACUUGUGUCUACUGUGUCUAAAGUCAUCAUGCCUCGGGGUCAAAAGAGUAAGCUUCGUGCCCGUGAGAAACGCCGUCAGGCUCGAGAAGAGCCAGAGCCUCUGAUGGAUGCUCAAGCCACUGCAAGAGUGGGAAUAGAAUUUUCCUCCUCUUCCUCUGCUCAUUUCAGUAGUGCCAUCCAGAGCUCAACUGCUCCCAAGACAACCAGCAAUCCCCACGGGCCUCAGAGAGCCACAUCCACCACUACUACUGCUGCAGCUGUUUCAUAUUUAAGAUCUAAUGAAAGCAUCAACAACCAAACGGAGGAAAGGCCAAGAUCCUCACAGGCCCUGGCUGCCAAUGAGCACAUGACCAGAAGCCCUGUAGAUGAGAAGGUGUUUAUUUUGGUGCAUUACCUUCUGUACAAGUAUCAAAUGAAAGAGCUUAUUAUAAAGGCAGCUAUGCUGAGGGAUAUAGUCCAAAUUCCCAGGAGAUACUUCAGUGAGAUCCUACGGAAAGUUUCAGAUCACCUGGAGAUGGUCUUUGGACUUGACUUGAAGGAAGUGGAUCCAGAUAGGCACAUCUACUUCCUCAUCAACAAACUGGUACCAACCUAUGAUGCAAAGUUGAGUGAUGACAGACGUGUGCCCCGGACAGGCCUGCUGAUGACUAUCCUGGGUGUGAUCUUCACAAAUGGUAAUUGUGCCACUGAGGAACAAAUCUGGCAAGUAUUGAAUGUGAUGGGGUUAUAUGAGGGGAGGAGGCACUUCAUUUUUGGGGAGCCCAAGAAGAUCAUCACUCAAGAUUUUGUGAGAGAAAAUUACCUGCAGUAUCAGCAAGUGCCCAACAGUGAUCCUCCACGCUAUCAGUUUCUGUGGGGUCCACGAGCUCAUGUAGAAACCACCAAGAUGAAAGUCCUAGAGUUUUUAGCGAAGAUCCACGAUACUGUCCCCAGUGCCUUCCCAACCUGGUAUGAAGAGGCUUUGAAAGAUGAGGAAGAGCGAGCUCAAGCCAGACUUGCAGCAAGGGCUCGCAUUAAGGCUGUGGCCAAUGCACGUUCCCAGGCCAUACUUAGCAGAUUCUCCCACCCCUAGUAGAACUCAAGGCAUUCUUUGCCUUGUGGUUGAAAGGAAAAGUCCACAUUCUAAGCUGUAGAAGGUCAGGGUGGGAUUGGAGGCAACACAGUGUAUAACAUGUUUGUUUUCUUGUUCUGUAAUAAGUUCCUGGAUAGUUUUUUCAAAAUAUUGUUCCUAUUAUCAGAAGGUUUGAGUAACUUUAGAAACUAAGUUUAUGAAUGACAUUACUUAAACAUUGCUGUGAAUGUAAGAGUAAGAGUUUUAUUAUUUUGUGAAACAAAUUAGAAACAUUCCAUUUUACUUGUUUGAAACAAGAUAUUAUGACAGUAAAUUUGGUUUUUUUUUUUUUUUUUUUUUUUUGGAAAUGUGAAAGGACACAGAAUUGUAAUAGUUGGAAUCAAAAGUGGAGAAAAAAUAAAAGACUGUAAAUUGUUGGUUUCAGUUA